AGCGUCGGGCUGCGGGAGAAGAUGGCGGUCUCCACAGGAGUUAAAGUUCCUUGUAAUUUUCACUUGUUGGAAGAACUUGAAGGACAGAAAGGAGUAGGCGAUGGUACGGUUAGCUGGGGCCUUGCAGAUGAUGACGAUAAGACACUUACAAGGUGGACAGGCAUGAUUACCGGGCCACCAAGGACAAAUUAUGAAAACAGAAUAUAUAGCCUGACAGUAGAAUGUGGACCUAAAUACCCAGAAGCUCCUCCAUCAGUUACAUUUGUAACCAAAAUUAAUAUGAAUGGAAUUAAUAAUUCCAGUGGAAUGGUGGCUGCACGGAGCCUACCAGUGUUAGCAAAAUGGCAACACUCAUAUAGCAUUAAAGUUGUACUCCAAGAGCUAAGCCGUCUAAUGAUGUCCAAAGAAAAUAUGAAGCUUCCACAGCCACCAGAAGGACAAACAUACAACAAUUAAUUUGGAUCUCAAACUUGUCUUAAAUCAACAGCCUUCUACUCAUGUUCAUGUCUUGAUUAAAUAUCACACUGCAAAAUACCCACACAUUAAGUAAAAGAAUUCCAGCUGGUAAACAUGACCUGGACAUUUGUAAGAAUAUAUUUAAUAUAUGUACACCAUUAUGUUUUCAGCUUACAGGAGGAAAAAUGCAGCACCAUUUUUUUUCUCUUGUUAAGGCACUGUCAUUUAAGCAUAAACCUGGAACACUCAAAAUAGA